GGCGCCGCCAUGGUUACACCCAUGUCCGCCAUUCCGCACAUGCGCCGCCAACCACCUCUCCACGCAUCUUGCAGGGCUCUCCUCUGCCCAUGAUGGCGAGUGCAACUCGUCAAUUGUCGAGAAUCCCAAAGCGCUCGGACCCGUGUAGCGGGAGCAGAUGCUUCUCUGCACUAGCCACUCGCCACAACCGCAGAUGGGAGUCAGCUGUCAGUCGCGUUGGCAAGUGGCAAGAAGUCUCAGUGGCAACGGCUGGCGUUGUUGGACAGUCCAGUUGUUGUUCAUAACCGCUCAUCACGCCCUACCCUCCUCCUCUCAACGAGCCCCAGCUCGUGCCGUUCGUUAUUCAAGCAUGGCCUUCUAUCCCACCUACCCCCACAGCUACUACCCUCCUCAGGCCAUCGCCCCCGUCCUCGCCCCCGUCGUGACACCCAUGGCCGCCGUCUUCUUCGGCGUCGGCUACUACCCCGCGGAAUACGGGGGCGUGCCGCCACCCGCGUAUGUGGUGGUUCGAGCGCGCUAAUGCCAGACACAAUGCGGCGUACGUUUGUAGUGUAUGUGGACGCGCUGGUCUAGCUCAUGGCAGGCGUUUCCUGCACUUAACCAUGUAACACACAGCUCGCACAUGCCACGGCAACCACGGCCACCAUGGCCACUACGGCCACUACAGCCAUCACGGGCACUACAUGUACGGCCAUCAUCAGCUAUAUCUCCC